UUAGUGCAGUGUCACUGCUGCGAGGCUGCGUUCCCCGCUCGUGGUCGUGUUGGCCGUUCUUCCCCGAAGUCGUUGGUUCUUAUUUAUGUCAGCCUCGGCAUGCUUUUUUUCUCCCACUUAGGUGAUUGCCAAGCAGUGAAGGAGAGGAGAGUGCAGAAGAUGUUCAUAGGGCCGCAGGGACAGGCCCUGGGAACCAUUAGAAUGAAGUGUGUUGUUAACUUUUUGCACGCGCUUUCUUCAGCUUCUGUGUAUGAAGAAUACCGUUCUGCUUGGAGCUACUAUACGUACUAGUAGAAGCCUUCAGGUCCUUUUCUGGUGGCUGGUGUGCUGAUAGAAUCAUAAAAUCAUAGAGUUGUUUGGGUUGGAAAGGACCUUGAAGAUGAUUUAAUUCCAACCCUCUUGCUGUGGGCAGGGACACCCCACUCUAGAUCAGUUUGCUCAAAGCCCUGUCCAGACUGGCCUUAAACACUUAGAGGGAUGGGGCAAUAUAGCAUAACCCUGUAACUUAACAUGUAUAACUUCCACUCAUGGGGCAUAAAUAGCUCCAUGUCAGCUUUGAAAACAGUUCUGAGUAGCGCAGUUAACAGAUGGCAAAUGAAGCUUCAAACAUAGUAGUUUAAGCCUCAGCAUUAAUGGUUCAAACACCUCUUCCAGAAGUAUGUGGAUUAUGUUACUGUCUUAACCAUUAACUACUUUGUUUCUUCUUUGGGGUUAGUGUCUCAUUUUGUCUCUGUGGUUUUGGUACAGUGCAGGAACACAAUGGAAUGGUGGAGAUCACUAUGAAUUCGGGAUGUUACUGUCAUACAAACAUUAAUGGUUUGUCUUGAGUUUGCGUGCUAGGGCUUGCUCUCUUCUUGUAGUUGCAGUAGGCAUGCUGGAUGCACACAAUGAAAGAUGUCUCACAUAAUUUAAAAAAAAUCACUGAUAAAAGGCUAAUUUUUUAGGUUCCUGUAACUCAAGAAAGCUAUUGCAUGAUGUAUCAAGAUGGAGUUCCACAGGAUUCUUGCGGAGCUUAAGACCCAAGUACAUUGUAUGGGCUAGAUGAGUGGAAUCUCCUUCUGUGACUGCAGUGCAGCAGGCAGCUGGAAUUAAAUAACAUACGACACCUGUGAAGUACAUCCAGGACCCAAUCUGAACUUGAUUGUAGGUGCUAAUGGAACAGGAAAGUCAAGCAUUGUUUGUGCCAUCUGUCUGGGGCUGGCUGGAAAGCCUUCUUUCAUAGGUCGAGCUGAUAAGGUUGGUCUCUUUGUAAAGCAGGGAUGCUUGAAAGGUGUAGUAGAAAUUGAACUGUCUAAGACACCUGAAAAUAUCAUCAUCACACGAGAGAUUCAAGUGGUGAACAACACAUCAGCAUGGUUUAUCAACAGAAAGCCAACAACCCUGAAAACAGUAGAAGAGCAGAUUGCAGCCUUAAACAUCCAGGUGGACAAUUUGUGCCAAUUUCUUCCUCAGGACAGAGUUGGAGAAUUUGCAAAACUGAGUAAGGUCGAGUUGCUUGAAGCCACUGAAAAAUCCAUCGGCCCUCCAGAAAUGUACCAAUUUCACUGUGAACUGAAAAACUUCAGAGAAAAGGAAAGAGAACUAGAGAACUUGUGCAGAGACAAAACUAACUCUUUGGAGAAGAUGAAACAGAGGGUUGAACGAUACAAACAAGAUGUUGAGAGAUACCAUGAGCGCAAGCGCCAUCUAGACUUAAUUGAGAUGCUUGAGAGGAAAAGGCCUUGGGUGGAAUAUGAAAAUGUUCGUGAACAGCAUGAGGAACUGAAACAAAUCCGAGAACAAGCCAAGGAAGAACUGAAGAAUCUAAAAGAACUGCAGUCCCCAGUGACAAAAAAAAUCCAGGAAACUGAAGAAUCUUUUAAGAGUCUGGAUAUGAAAAUAAGAGAUAAGGCUGCUGAAAUCAAAGACAUUUCUCAAAAAUGUAAACAGAAGCAAGAUGCUUUGGACAUGAAAGAUAAAAAAAUUGAAGAAAUUCAUCAGUGUUUGAGGAUGAAAAAAGAUGAAGAAAUGGACAGACAGAAGAAAAUACAGAACACUCACAAGAUGAUAGAGGACUGGAAGAAUGAGCUUAAUACAGUGGCAUGCUGUGAGAAUCUUCAGCCACAAAUUGAUGCAAUUAAUAAUGACCUGAAAAAAUUACAAGAAGAAAGGGCAAUUGUUGAUAGUGAUAUCAGUGAUCUAACAGCAGAUAAAAUGAACCAAGAGAGGGAAAAGAAAAGAAUAAUUGAUCGCCUUGGACAACUUAAUAAUGUAAUGAAUAUGAAGGAAGAGAAUCUUAAAAGGAAAUUCAAAGACACACACUCUGCUCUUAUGUGGCUAAGAGAGAAUAAAGACAAGUUUCAAAAAAGAGUUUGUGAACCCAUGAUGCUUGAAAUCAAUAUGAAAGACAACAGACAUGCUAAAUAUGUUGAAAAUCAUAUUUCGGCCAAUGACAUGGGGGCUUUCAUUUUUGAGAGCCAAGAGGAUAUGGAAAUGUUUCUUGUGGAGAUGCGUGAUCAUCAGAAAUUAAGAGUGAAUGCUGUAUGUGCACCUGCUGAGUCAUGUGCUGAAAACUUACCUUCGAGACCUAUUGAAGAGUUACACCGAUACGGAUUUUUCUCAUAUUUACGAGAGUUAUUUGAUGCUCCUCCUCCUGUGAUGAGUUAUCUUUGCUCCCAGUACCGUGUUCAUGAUGUCCCUGUGGGAACAGAGAAGACCAGAAGCAUGAUUGACAGGGUCAUACAAGAAACCAAACUUAGGCAGAUAUACACAGCAGAAGAAAAAUAUGUUGUUAAAGUAUCUGCUUAUACAAACCUACCCCUCUCUACCAACACAUUUGUGAGGGCGGCACAGUUUCUCACUAGUUCAGUGGAUACAGAUGAAAGAAGACAGUUGGAAGAGCAGCUUCAGGAUAUCAAUAAUACAUUAAAGUCAUUGGAUACGCGUUUGACUACAUCGUUGGAGAGACAGAAGCAUCUGGAACGCAAAGACAAUGAGCUCAGGCAGCAGAAGAAGGAACUCCUAGAGAAAGGAAACAGGAGGAGACAGCUGGAAUCAAAAAUUAGUGUGAAGUAUGAUAGUUUAAGACAGCUGGAACAAGAUGCUAUUGACUUAGAGGAGCAAUCUAAACAGGCAGAUGUAAAGGUCAAAGAAAUAAAUAACCAAAAAGCAAGACUUGUUACUGAAUUAAUGCAACUCAUAAAGAACUGUGUAUCACUGAACAUCCUCAAGGCAGAUUUGAUCCUUCAGAGCACUGCAGUGGCUGCUGAGAAGAUCAAACUAGAAUCAGAGUAUAAAGGUGCAAGUGGACAGCUAAAAGCCGCAGAGCAACGUUUUCGUGAACUGGAUGACAGGAAGCGAGUUCUCAUAGAGAACUGCAAGGAAUUACUGAAAAAAGCUCAACAAGUCUGCAAACUGGGUCCGGAUGAACAUCUUCCAAAAGAAUUUCAAACUGCUUUUCAGACUCUUCCGGCCACGUUGGAGGAAAUUGAUGCUUUCCUGAAUGAAGAGAAAACUAGGGCCUCCUGUUUCACGGGCCUGACUGCUUCGGUUGUUGAAGAAUAUGUUAAGCAGACACAAGAAAUAGAGCAGCUGACAGUAUAUCUAGAGGAAAAGAAAAAAGAAUUGGACAACUAUAGGCAAAACAUUUCACAGGUCAAAGAAAGGUGGCUGAAUCCUUUGAAAAAGCUGAUUGAGCAGAUUAAUGAGAAGUUCAGUAACUUCUUCAGUGCUAUGCAAUGUGUUGGUGAAGUUGAUCUUCAUGUGGAAAAUGAGGAGGAGUACGACAAGUAUGGAAUUCGCAUUAGAGUCAAAUUCCACAGUAGCACUGAACUUCAUGAAUUGACUCCAUAUCAUCAGAGUGGAGGUGAGAAGAGUGUUUCCACUAUGUUGUACCUGAUGGCUCUACAGGAACUCAACAGGUGUCCAUUCAGGGUUGUAGAUGAAAUAAAUCAGGGAAUGGAUCCAAUAAAUGAGAGAAGAGUUUUUGAAAUGGUUGUGAAAACUGCUUGUAAAGAAAGCACGUCUCAGUACUUCUUUAUUACACCAAAGCUCCUGCAGAAUCUCACUUACAAUGACAAGAUGACGGUGUUGUUUGUCUACAAUGGACCUUUUAUGUUGGAGUCAGUCAGAUGGAACUUAAAGUCUUUCCGUAGGCGGCGGCGGCGACUUGGAAGGGUAGAUAAACAGUGAUGCAGAUAUACAUAUAAAUAUAUAUAGAGAGAUAUAUAUAUAAAUGUAUUCUGGUUUUGUAGAACUUUUUGGAACAUCUGGCUUUCAAGACUUCAGAUAUUGUGAAAGAUGAGAACUGCAAAGAACUGAUUAAGAACUCUGAUUCUUAGAACUUGUGUAACAGAUUUGAAGUACAUAACUUUUUCCCCAAAAUGUGUCGUAGUGGCCUCUUUUUCCAAAGAACCUACUUUUUCUCAAUAAUAGUUUUAAAUAAAAAGGAAGUUUCUUGUAUUUUGCUCUUUUAUCAGUAAUGUAGCAUCAGAAGUACAGUUAAUUUUUAGAGGUUUUGAUAAUAGUGUUUCCUUAACACAGUAAAGUAUAUUCUCUAAAAUUUUCCUAUUGAAAUAGAAACUUUGAAUGAAGAACAUUAUUUGUAGGAAGAUAAUGAUUUGUAAAUAGAUGUGUAUUGAUUUUUGUUUUGUGAAAACAUACCUGAAGUUAAUAUAAAGAAUGUAUUAUUUUUAGAGUAAUCUGCUAUAUUAUUGUUAUUUAUUAUUUUUGCACUAAUACUCCAUUUUGUAUUCCUGGAAGGGUAAGGUCUUUAUUUUUCUUCCACAUCUCUCUCAGCAAGGAGAUUGACAAAAAGCCAGGCAUUUUUGAAGCAAUGAGCUGGUUAACUUGCAGAAGUAAAACUAGGCAAUAUGUAACUUUUUUGUUGCAUUUAUAAAGUAAAACUUCAUAUGUUUUUGAUGACAGAUGGAGAAAAUAGUCCUGCUGAUUUCACAUGUAAGUUAAAACCAGGAGGCUUUUUACAAAGGUUCAGCUGCAUUGGAGUGGUUGUAUAUGCAAUGGCUUUUCAGCAGAUAGCCAUAAAAUUCAUUAGUGGAGUUUUGGCCAUUGUUAAGCAUUUGAAAGUAGAUAUUAUCGAAGAAUGCUGAAUACCAAAAAAACCCCACAAUGCUUAAUACCAAAUUGUGAAGCGUAUGAUUUUUAAAGAAAUGGAAACUACAAUUGGUAUGUGAAAUGUAUGAAAAAAAGGAUUGAGUCCCAGGACACCGUCUGAAAAUAUGCAGCAUCCUUGUUUUCACCAGGGGAAACAGCCUUCGGUAGAACUUUAUCCAAAAUCUGGUGGCUGCUUCAUUUUGAGUGGGAGUUUUCUGAACAGCAACCUGUCAAUGAACUUUGCCAGUGGAAUUGAUACGUCAGGCUUUUUACAUUAGAAUGAGAGAAACAAAAUAGCCCCUCUGUAAAAUAUAAGCUAGGAUCUAGAAGGUUUUGGAUAUUGAAAGUUAAGUACUGCAAUUCUUGGUCUGAAUAGAUGUGCGUUAAGGGAGUAGAGAACUACACAUUCUUCUGUUGCAGACCACUGUUGAUCAAUGGAGCACUGUCUGUGAAAUGAGUUCCUGCAGUAAGUUCCAUGAGGAUUAGUGUCCACACACAAAUGUUUGACAGAAGAACUAAAAGAGUGUGCAAACUUGGGCUGUAGUCCAGGGAUUGAGUGGGCCAGCAGAGUAUCCUCAAGUUAAUUUAGGCUACAAGCCUAUCUGUUCGCUGUAUUGCAAGAUCGGGAUUUUAAAUGUGUUCUUUCAUCUUCAGAAUACGUGGCUUCUCCUAACCCUGAACUUUUAAGGUGAUUUUGGUUUUGGAUCGUUUUGGGUUUUUUUUUAAUUGAAUGAAAAUACAGACAUUCUGUUUAGUCUCUGAGGAUCACUGUAUGAAAAGUGUAAUUUGUUUUCAGUGUCUAAAUAAGUGAAACUACUUACAUGA